UGGUGCUGUUUGUAAAACACUGCAAAGCACCACAGGAUGUUUGUCGACUGGCACUCCUAUUCGGGAUGAAGAGAAAGUCAGGAGGGAGACCCUAAACUUGGUUGCAGAGAAAGCGAGGGAAGAACAUUAUCCCCUGAGCGGCGCUGAGUCUGAGCAGAGGAUCCAAGAAGGAGAUAAGGAUUAAGCUGCUGUGUUGUGCGUCUUCAUUAAUGGGAUACAAGUUUGAAAAAGGAGACUGAGAAGAAGAGAAAAGAAAAAAAAACCUCAAAAGUUGGAGGUUAGUGCUGUCAGGCGGUUUAUUUUGGGAUUUGGGAUUCUGGUUACCUUCUUUCAUGUUUUGGAGAGAAGAAUUGAAUCAAACAACCAGACGGAGCCAGAGGGAAUUCAAGAAUUUAAAGGAUCUGACUCCCUGAAUUAUGACCUCUGAACACUUUCAAGUUCUUUCCCUCCUGCUGUUCUGCGUCCUCCACAGCUCUGAGCAAACCUGCCCUUCUAAAUGCUUCUGCAUGUCUGACACAGUGAGAUGUAGUUCUGUUGGUCUGCACGAACUUCCUCAAUCCCUGCCCUCCUUUCCCACCAACCUUGACUUCAGCCACAACCACAUCAUCCGGCUGGAUCCAGACACCUUAACCAUGACGCCCCGACUGGAAAAGCUCUGGAUGGCCCACAAUGAAAUACGUACAUUGAGUCAUAACGUUUUUCGUAAUGUGUCUGGCCUGAGACUGCUGGACUUGUCCUCCAACAGGCUUCAGAUGGUGGAGCAACACUACUUCCAAGGGCUGUGGAGGCUGGAGGAGCUCCGUCUCUUCAACAAUAGGAUCACACAAGUGGAGGGCAGCUCGCUGAGCGGUCUGAGCAGCUUGAAAAAAGUUUACUUCAGCUUCAACCAGAUCACACACUUCCCAUUUUUCUUCAUCCAGGAUCACACUCACCCUUUUCUGGCUAUGCUGGACCUGUCGUCCAACCGGAUGUCGAGUCUUCCGUGGGAGGAUGUGAAAGCUUUGCCACAGUUGGUGCAGCAGGGGCUGUACACUCACAACAACUCAUUCAUCUGCAACUGCUCCAUGUACGACAUGUUUAGGCACUGGAAUCUGAGUAAAUACAACUCGAUCAAAGACUUUACAGAUGAGCACACCUGCAAUGUUAAUGGGGACCCUUGUAAAUCCAUCCGGUUCUUUCGUGACAAUGGGUUUUUCCAGAACUGCACUGAAAAACCCAUCAUACAGCCUGAAACGGAUCUCCCAGAUGUGGUGGUCUUUGAGGGUAACAGGGUGCACCUGGACUGCCAAACAUCCAUUAGCAGUACAAACCUCUCAUUUACAUGGCUUUCCCCAAGUAGGGGCUUCAUCACCCAAAGCAGCAUGAAUGACACACGUAUUAACAUGUUUCCCGAUGGCACCUUGGAGAUACACGCAACCACGACCAACAACUCAGGUGUGUAUCUUUGCACCGCUGUGGACAUUAAACAGGCAUUGAAUGCAACAUGUAAGGUGAAAGUGAUCGUGCUGCUGCGGUUCCACACUGGUUACACAACACUGCUAGGCUGCAUUGUGACUUUGGUUCUUAUCCUCGCAUACCUUUUUCUCACUCCAUGUCACUGCAGCUUCUGCAAACAGCCUCCAGUGCACUCCAACCAAGGCACCUUGUCGUGCAUUUUCUCAUAUUUUACAAGAAAACAACCCAACACUGACACCUUGAAGCAUGUGGCCUUCAUGGAGCAUCCAAUGGGUGAAGAUAGGAUAGAAUGGAUACCUCAAAGCUGAGGAUAGGCCAUGUUCUUUGGUUAGUUUGUCAGUAGACAAAGAGAUUUGGUUAACCUUAUUGUUUGGAAGAGCUGAGAUGUCAUUUGAGUGUAAAUGCAGUAAGAAAAAUCAAGCUCUAAUGUCUCUUUUUCAUCUUCAAGAGAGGGGGGGGAAAAAAUCAAUUUUCUGUUCCAAUUAUUUUUUGUCUCAUGACCAGGUAGUCGAUAUAAAAGUUUCAGCAAUGGUUUAUUACCUUCACUGUAGAGCUUUUAUCAGUCCUACAAUUCAGCUAAUAACUUAUUUUUUGCACUCAGCCACAGCUGUGUGAGGAGUAUUUCUUGUAGGAUCAGACUGAAUCUGACUCACUUCUCACAUAAAGUAUUUAGUGUGAAUUAAAACUCCCUCAGUAUGUUCAAGCUGAGUGAUUGUGUGAACUGCACGAGUGUAGGUUUGAAAAGAAAAGCAAAAUGUUGACUUGUUCAUCAGCUGCAGCUCUGAUGGAUUAUUGUACAAUACCUGGAAAAAGUAUUUACACUCUUGAGUUUUGUUCACAUUUUGUCACAUUACAGCCACAAACAUGGUAGCCAACACUAAGAGGUGAGGUGAAGUGAAAGGAAAAGAUGCCUGGUUUUUUAAUUUGCAUUUCUUGAGCAGUAUCACAAUGAUACAGAUUUUUUUUUUUACAAAUUAAAAACUAAAAAGUGUGUAUUACUUUUGUAUUUAGCCCAUUUUACUCUGAAGCACAUUAAAAAAAUAGUGCGUUACUUUCAAAAGUGAUCCCAUUUUUGGGAAGAUGGAUGAAAAACUUCAGACUGAGUCAGAGGUUCACAUUCCAGUAGAAAAAAAAACUACAAUUGACUAGCUUAAAUUCAAGCAAAUUUCUGUAUUGCAAUGGCCUAUACACAGUUGGCACACACACAGCUAACUAACAAUCUGUGGAAAAACUUUGAUAUUCACAAGUGCUCAUCAUUAACGCUGAUGCUUGAGCUAUUUUGCAAAGAGUUUGCAAAAAUUACAUUCUUAAACUAUGCCAAGCUGAUAAGAAAAAUUUGCAGAUGUAACUUGCAGAUAGCUGACUCUUGAGAGCCAAAUACACUAACAUUCAAAGAACCACUGCAAUUACUCACUUUUAAUGUAGCUUUUAUUUUUAGUUUUAUUUUCUAAUUGGGGUCUUUCAAAGACAGCUGCUUGCAAUGAAUUGCAUUUAGGAGUCUGAGAGUAAAGGGGGCUUAUCUGACAACACAUUUUAUAGAUUACCUUCCACUUGACAUCUGUGGACUGUUUAGUGUUGAUUUCCCAUAUAAAAUGUAAAAAUAAAAACAGAGUAUAUGAUUGCAAUGCCAAAAAACCCCCAAAACAAACAAACAAAAAAAAACCACAAAAGUUUGAGAGAUGUAAAUAGCUGCAUGUAGGUCUAUGGAUCAGUCUGUCCUGAAACUUUCCCAUUUCCCUAAUAAAGGAUUUAGCACCUAAUUAAGAUCUAAAUAUCAUCUUCCCUUCCAUGGCUUAUCUGUCAGAAAACAGAGGUUCCCCCGGAGUAAUCCAUCAUGCAUAUACAUAACACAUUCAAACCUGUUGCAUUAAUCUGCCAGAAAACAAGCCUAAAAAUCUCCAUCUGCACUCCGCUUAUCUGACAAAUGGUGAAACAGAGAAAUAAGGAGUCUCGACAAACAAAAACCAAGCAGCGACUGGGCUGCUCUUCAAAGAAGGCAACUCUUUGAUCAUGCACUGCCGAGCACUUUGAGUGCAGAGGAACAAACAUGAGAACUAAAUUUGAACUGAAGUGACAAAUUCUUCAAGCAGCUCUGACGCACAGCCAGCGGGGGCAUUACUUUGUAUGGCUUUUUUUUUUCUUGUUAUUUGUAUGUAUGGGGGGUUUUGUGUAUGUAAUUGAUCUCAACAUGCUUGAAAUGACAAAAUUACACACCACAACGACAGAGAUUAAAGCAGUAGAGGAUGGACUUUUAUAUACUUUCAUGGAGGCGCACGAGCAUUCAUGAUAAGGAAAAAAUAGUGUUAUUCUUGUAAAAGACUGAAGAGAGAGUGAGGCUGACUGAGCAUGAAAGAGUAUAAAAAAUAACAUCCCUUAAUCAAUUUGUCCACACCCAUGCUGCCAUAUUUCAUUGAGUUUGUAUUUUAAUCUUGAUGCAAACACUGAGUGGGCUGCAGAAGAUUGAAGGGAAUUAGAUGUAAUCCUUCAUGUAAAGUCUAAGAGGUGCUGUCUCUCUCUGCACAUCUCACAAAGAAAAACAUACUCUUUGAGUGGGCACCUUGAACAGAAACUCAAGCACAAAAAUGGUCAUCUAUAAUGAAACAGUGCAUGAAACUUUCAGAAACUCUUUGGGAUUAAGCCAAAAUCUGUCAGAUGAGGAGAGCACUGCAUUGUUCUUUCUUGUUUCCAUUUUUUUUUUCAGGUUGGGAAGCAACAUUUAAAUCCUUCAACAACGAUUACACAACAUACUGCUUCGUGCUAGAUGCAACGUCAUGACCGCCUUUUUGGUUUUCAUAGCCAGUGCAAAAGAGACACAAACUGAUGUGAUGACUCUGGAUCUGGCUUUAGCAGAAUAACAUGAGGACACACGAUCAGGUCUUUUGUUAAUUCCUGUAUUUUAAAAAUCCCUCUAAUCUGGUUCUGUUCUCUUACGUGCACACAGCUGGAGGUUGGAUUUACGGUUUCUGAUGUGAUUUGAUGAAAAGCGGAAACACAGAUGACUCGAUGUGAACAUUUCAAAGGUCAAAAGGAUCAUCAGCGGACCGCGUUUAUGUAAGACAACAGGAAUAUAAGAUUUCAGGAAGAAGAUACAGAAAAGAAUCUCAUCCAAGUGUGUUUGUGCAGCUUGAACUGUUUUUACAUGUGACAACAUUCUAAUCAUAGACUUUAACGUACUUUAUUUGCAUUUCAUGUGAUACGCAUACAUAAAAUGCUGCAUAAUUGUAUUAUGAAAUGAAAACUGUAACAAUACAUGUUUCGGAAAAUUAAAAACAAAAAAGUGGAAAGGAAUUACUUGCUUUGGUUUUCUGCCUGCCCGUAGUGAUACAUUGUAGAGACAAGUAGGCAAUUUCACCUGCAGGUCAUUUGCACAUGUCCUGAUCUAGAAUUGCAAUUUGUCUAUUUUUCUUUGCAAAAAAUAUCAGUGUCAGUCAUGGAAAGCUUUGCUUUAAAUCCACUUUCAAACGUUCCACUGGUUCUGAUUUACUUGAGCUCUUCACUGUCCGUUUUGGUGAGGUUGUGGCUCUUG